CGGCGGCGCGCGGAGACGCAGAGCGGCAGCGGCAGCAUGUCGGCCGGCGGAGCGCCAGUCCCGCCGCCCCCGAACCCCGCCGUGUCCUUCCCGGCGCCCCGGAUCACUCUGCCCGCCGGCCCGGACAUCCUGCGGACCUACUCGGGUGCCUUCGUCUGCCUGGAGAUUCUGUUCGGCGGACUCGUCUGGAUUUUGGUCGCCUCCUCCAACGUUCCUCUACCUCUGCUACAAGGAUGGGUCAUGUUCGUGUCCGUGACGGCUUUUAUCUUUUCCCUCCUCUUCCUGGGCGUGUUCCUCUCUGGCAUGGUGACUCAGAUUGAUGCCAACUGGAACUUCCUGGAUUUUGCGUACCAUUUUACAGUGUUUGUCUUCUACUUUGGAGCCUUUCUCCUGGAAGCAGCAGCCACAUCCUUGCAUGAUCUACACUGCAACACGACCGCAUCUGUGCAGCCGCUCUUGAGUGAUAACCAGUAUAACAUAAACGUCGCAGCCACAAUUUUUGCCUUCAUGACAACAGCUUGUUAUGGUUGCAGUUUGGGUCUGGCUUUACGAAGAUGGCGACCGUAACACUCCUUAGAAACUAACGGUCUGUGUUGGUUUCAUCUGUCUACUUGAUGUGUCUGAUUAAUUUGGAUACCAUUUUGUCCAGAAAGAACAACAUUCCAAAAGUAAUUUUUUGAGUAUGUGGAGAGAAUCUAAGUGCAAGUUUUGGUUCAUUUCAUGGAUAGAAUUUUAAUUUUAUUAUGAUGUUACACAUUGGAAUGGCCUUUAAUUUUAUAUGUCUAUUUUUUAAAGAAAAUCUUCCUUUAUAUCCAUAAAAUAUACUGAUAUUGCUCAUGAAAAGGGGGUAUCUCUUUUGUUUAAUUGCUGAGUCACCUAACCCUUAAUUUUAAUAGGUAACUAAAAUUUCCUUAAAAAACAAAAAGCAAAAACCGUGUUUUAAAUAGCCUUCCCACUGAACUCUGUCUUUUAGUGUGAAACAGAGAUUGGCACCCUUUUUCUAUAAAGGUCCAGAUGGUAAAUAUUUUAGGCUUUGUGGGCCAUACAGUCUCUGUGGCAACAGUUCAUCCCUGCUGUUACUUAGCCAUAGGCAAUGGGCAAGUGAAUGAGUGAGCCUGUGUCCCAAUAAAACUUUAUUCAUGAAGACAGGAAGCAGGCUGGAUUUGGCCUGUGGCUAAGUUUGCCAACCUCUGGUGUAAAACCUUAGUUAUAUGUUAUGGAUUUUAUUGAUCUGAUCCUGGAAGGUAUAAAACGAGAUAAGUCACAUAAUAUUUAGCCUCAUGAUGCAAUAAUCACAUUGCCCUUGUGUUAAUGGUCAAGUAUUUACCCUUGAAAUGGUGGAUAGUUUUUCAGGCCAAUUCAAGCAGAGUCUUGGGUACAGGAAAAAGUAACUUAUGAAGUAAAUCCUAGUUGCUUAAUCAAACUAAGGGUCUCUUAACAACUGAGCAAACCUCUCAUCUGGCAUCCUUAAAAUGAGAUCCCCAGAAACCAUUCACCACUACUGGAACUGGCAUCUAGCUUCUUACAUGUCUUACUUUGGAUUUAUUUAUGCUUCAGAAUACAGCUGUCUGUCCUCUGCAUGAACAUACAGAUAUAUGUGUGUGGGUGUAC